ACACGUUACUUUGUCAUUAGUCAUUACUAUUCAACAUAAUAUAGCUGGGGACUUAAGGUUCUCCUAAUCCCUUUAUGAGAGUGUAAGGAGGCGACGAUUUUUGUCGAACAUCGAAAUCCGCAUUUGCGUCUUGGUAAAACAAAAUAUAAUAAUGAUGGCGUUGUGGGCACAAAUAGAAUCUUGCCGCCGGUGACGACGGAUUUGUCCUCUUGGCUCUUGGUGCGUCUGGGAACCACUUGUGAUGCGUCCUGCAACUCGCGCGUUGGCUCCGGACAAACACCGCACCUCUGCCCGCGACGUUACUGUUUUUAACCCUCCUCUCCCACCACUGAUCAUCGUUUUUAAUAUUUUUAUCGUGUCCUUUUACACUCCAAUGGACAACUACUGGUUUAAAUGUUUAGUCUUCAGUGUUUGGUUGUGGUUGGUUGUGACUUGUUGGGUCGCGUUAUUUUAUCCCUCUGUAGUUCAACAAUGACGUCGUUGCUGUUUUUUUCUUUAGUUACCGUCAACAAGAGUAUAAUCUUAAUACACGAUACAUAAUAUUUUAAAGUUUUUCAAUUUUAAUGAGAAACAAUUAACUUCCCGUUUGAAUUUGUAAUAUUUGGGUCAUUAUGGAAUCUCCACAAGAAGAGAAUGUAUCAUUAGACUUUGGUUCAACAACCAAGGAAGAAGAGUAUCUUUUGUCUGUAUCAACUGGUUUUUAUGAAGAAGAAUUUGACGACGACGACGAAGUGUUUUUGGAUGAUUCACAAAGUAUUGAUAUGGAAUCAUCAUCAGAAAUUCCAUCACGUGUUCGUAGAACUUCAGAUGUUAUCGACUGUGUUGGUGGAACUAUGUCUCCUGCACAUAUUAAACGUCAUAGUUUCCCAUCAGCAUCUGGAGAAUUCUUAUAUUCUGCUACAUCUCAGGCUACAAACAUCACAGAAUUAAAUAGAUCUAGACGUGCUGAGCUUACCAUAGAAUCACUUGAUCAAGGCUAUAGUAGCCCUGGUGCACAGUCUUCUUCAGGUAGGUCUUUUAAAGGAACGUGGUUCAGGUUUAGUAACAGUAAUGACCCUGAUUCUGUUGAUGCCCGACCAACUCAAAAAUCUGAUGAACAACAAAAUCCAAAUCCAACAUCCAAUCCGAACAGCAAAUUAAGUCCUGGCUUUAAAAAAUCAGGUGAAUUUCGAAGUGAAACUAUUGUAAUGCCUGUUACUAAAGACGCUACAUGUUAUAAUAUGGAUCAUGAAUAUCGAGGUAUCGCUGUUAUUAUAAAUAAUGAUGUUUUUGAUGCUCAGGCCUUACCUGAACGGAAAGGUUCAUGGAAAGAUGUUGAAGAGUUGGAAAAAAUGUUCUAUCGUUUGGAUUUUAGUGUUGUGGUUUGGAAUAACUUGUAUCACGAAGAAUUGACUCAUCAUUUGCACAAAUUGGCUAAUGAUGAUCAUUCGCAAAAUGAUUGUCUCGCUAUCGUUGUGUUGACACAUGGGGUCAGUUCAUCAUUUAUUUAUGCCAGAGACAAUCCAUACCCAGUUGAAUUUUUGUGGAAUUCGUUUACUGCUGAUAAAUGUCUUACACUAGCUGGAAAACCAAAACUAUUUUUCGUGCAGGCAUGUCGCGGAGAAAGGCUAGAUCCUGGUAUUACACUGAGAAUUGAACCGACAAAAACUGAAGUAGAUUGUUCUACUGCCUCAUACAAAAUUCCUAAACAUGCAGAUUUCUUGAUAACUUUCAGCACUUACGAUGGUUAUUAUUCGUUCAGGCAUCCUGAGAAUGGCACAUGGUUUAUCCAGAGUCUCUGUAUUGAAAUGAACAAACAUGAUCUUAGCAACAGUGACUUGUUGGGAAUUAUGACUCGUGUGUCCAGACGAGUUGCGUUAGAGCAUGAAUCUUACAAUCCAGAUCACCCAUGGCUACACAAGCAAAAGCAGAUACCAACCAUUCACUCGAUGCUCAUUAGAGAUAUUUUUUUUAAGCCUAAAAACAAACCUCCAUCUGAACCAGUUGUAUUAAAAAAUCUCAUUAUCUGAGUGCAGAGUGCCUUAAAAUUAUAUACGAAGCCAGAAAAUGCAAACUAACCAUAAAAACAAAAUCUACAGCAACUAAUGAGUGUGCACAGUAAUGUAUUUUACCAGUGUGAAAUUAUAGUUUAAUAGGUUUGUGCCCACAUACGUGUUCAAAAUUAAAAUUAUAAGAAUUCUAAAUUUUGUGAUAAAAAAUGUCUUUUUAAGACUGAAUGAAUUUUAACUUAAAAUUAAUUUUUGAGAAAAAAAUAUUGAUCUUCAUAAUUCCCGGUAUUGUUUUGUUUGUUAAACUGUUGUUCAUCAAUGAUAAUUAACAUAUUCUUCAUUUAGCUUUAAUACUAUCAAUAAUUUAACUAUUUAUAAAUCCAUGCAAUUUAUUUAAAUUGAUUUUAAAAUUAUAUCUGAUCUACAUUAUGAUUUUCUUUAUUAUGUAUUAUUUAUUUCUGAUUGAAAUAUUUCCAAAUUUUAACCGACAAAUAAUUAACUUUUAUUUAAAAUUAUCUUUGUUGCAAAUUCGAACAAAAAUCAUACUUAAAUUAUUUACUUAUUAUUUAGACCAAGAGUUAUUUGCUCAUUUUAUUAAUUACAAUUUUUUUUUUAAGUUUAAAGUAUUUUAGACAUUUUUAAUUAUUACUGUUAAUCAGGCAUUAAGACUGCCCAUUAUGUACGUCUUUCAUAAAUUAAAUGUUAAAUAUUAUGUUUUUUUUUUACAAUAUAUAAAAUAAGUGAAAAGUGAUAUUGUCGCAUUUAGUAUAUAUUUAAAAGAAAUAUUUAGUAACAAUUUUUUUUUUUCUAUAAUAUAAUAUGCAAUUUUUUGCAUUUUGUUGCUUUUGAGUUUAGCACGUUUAUUAUAAUUCUCAUUUUUAGUUACAUGUUAUA